AUGGUUGAGCUUGGCUGCACAGUUGACGGCAACAUGAAUGAAGCAAACUUCAGCGAGCCACUUCCAUGGAUUGGCUUAUACAUCGCAGCAGCAUCUCUAGCCUGUGCAAUUGCUUCGGCUGCGGAUAUUAUCUACGGUAUCCGCUCUCAAAAGUUCUGGUUCCCCAGCAAGUUCUGCCGCAUCAAUGCCACUUCAUUGACAAUUCUUGCAGUCGCAAUCAAACUGUCUAUAGAUCUAAAUACCCCAAUGCCACGCCGGGCUGAUCAGCUUACGAAGCUCAGCAGUGGAGUCUUGAUUUGCACACUGAUGGGCAACUCUAUGCCUUCUCUUGGAGUUAUGGUGAACACAGAACUUUUUACGAAUAUGAUCGCUCUUGGUAUAAUCGUUAUGACCGCUAUUGCUGAUAUAUGCAUCCAGAUAGGAACAGGAGUGAUCUAUCUGUAUUUGGAAGAGCAUGCAUUCACUAUGUUCUUCAUGCUCAUUUUGCUUGUGCUGUUGAGCUUUUCUGCUUUAACAGUGCCAACUACUAAGAGACAUUUAGAGACCAAAUAUAAGAAAAAAUAUGAAAUGGCUGUCGAAGAAUGCUCGAAUGACACUGAUUGUGAAGUGGAAACAAAUCUCAAAAAUGAUAUAACGAAAUUUUGGAUGAUGGCUCAUACCAGCAGCCCCCAGUUUGUGAUGGGGCGUUCCGUUAUAUGUACUGCUGCCAGCGUAUUCUGCCUCCUCAGUGCUGCGACUUUGACAGAAUCCAUGCUGAGAUCUUACUUAAUGCCUUGGUCAAUCAAGUUUUGCUCCGGUGAGUCUGAUUAUAAGUGGUCAACCAUCUUAAUUCUUAUAACACAGACCAUGGCCAUAGGAGUUGGUACUAUUGCCCCUGCAGUUAGAUGGUUCGCUGCUAUAAAUUUCAGGUGCCCGACAACAGGGAAGACUUACAGUUCAAGAGAAUUUAAAGUAGAGAGGUACUGGACCGAGUUUUUAGUAGAGAUGAAAGAGUGUCCAUUGUUCACCAUCAGAAUCCGUAGUCGAAGCUGGAGGAAAUUUGCCCACGACGCAAAAUUUACAUUCUUGAAUGUAUGCAUUGGCAUGCAAAUAGGAAUCGUAUUGGUGAGCAAAGUUAUUCGAUUCUUGAUGAGCAGCAUUUUAUCAUUCUCUAAACGCUUUAUAAAGUUGAUCAUGCUUAAAUUAAACAUCUCAUAUGACUCUGGAGCAGACCCACAGCCCAGCUCAAAACCUGAUCUUAGCCGUUUCGUUUUGCAUCUGGAAGGUGAGACCGCAUUAGUAGAAUUGAUGAUGAAGGAGAGUUGUGAUGCUACCAAUCACUGGCUGCAGAAGGGCAGGAAGAAACAGCCUAAACAUCUCAUACAAUUGUUGGAAAAAUCAUCUGAUGGACUCCAGGGAAUACAAGAAUUUGACAGCGACUUAGUUGAAUCUCUUGAUUCCGAAGAACCUCCAAACUGUUGGGCACUUCCAGUAGUAACUUUGACAGCCAUUGCAUUAGCAAUUCCAAACAUCAGCUGUGGUUUAAAGCAACAGUUGAAAAGUAGUGUGCAUGAAGGCCUCAUCCUUGUCAAACGAAUUGAGAAAAACAUGGAUAAAGAAGGAGACUUGCCCAACAUUAUAAAGGCAGCAUAUAUUGUGUGGCAAGGAGUUGAUCUAUACCAUAACUGGCUAGAUAUCGACCUUGAUAAAUCACCAUCCCAAGCAGAAACUGCAAAGGAAACGCUUGAAGGACUUGCCGAUGCUGCAAAAGAAAGGUAUAUGAAGUUUAAGAUUAGAUACAUGAAUGAAUGUUUAAAGGAAAUCCCUUCAAAUUGGCCCGUCAAGGUACUGGCUGCUAACUCCAUGUAUAGAAUAAGCCAAACAAUUCUACACUAUUAUGAACGAAGCAACAACAAGACCAGCGACAGAUUAUAUGAAGCAGUAACUAUCAUGAUCGCAGAUAUUCUGGGUGCUUGUCUCACCAACAUUCAACGUAUAAUAUUGCGCAAAUGUUUGAGCAGCUCAGUUGAAACGCGGGAAGAAAGUGUGCGCGAUGCAGUCUUCCUUAUGGGCGAAACAGAAACAAUUCUGAAACUUCUACACCAAAAAGCUAUUCCCACUUUAACUCCAGAAGAAAAAGCACAUAUCGAUGAAUGGCGUUCAUUUUACAAGCGGAAUAAUGCAGUUUGA